AUUAGCAACAUUGACGAUGCGGAAUAUCAUUGCAACAAAACACAAGUGCGUAAAGUCAUUUCGGGUGUGGUGGGCGCUGCUUCAUCGGUGACUUCUAUACAAGUGGCCAAUUUGCUGCGACUUUUUCGUAUACCACAGGUAUCUUUCUUCUCUACCAGUCCCGAGUUGAGCAACAAGCAACGCUUCGAAUAUUUUUCGCGUACCAUUCCCUCAGAUCACUACCAAGUCAAGGCGAUGGUGGAUAUUGUGAAGCGCAUGGGUUGGAGUUAUGUCUCCAUAAUUUACGAGGAGAGCAACUAUGGCAUAAAGGCUUUCGAAGAGUUGGAGGAGCUUUUGUCACGUCAUAAUAUCUGCAUCGCUGUCAAGGAGAAACUUGUCAAGGAUUCCGGUGUCGCCGAGGAGAUUGCAUAUGAUAAUAUUGUGCAAAAGCUGCUAACAAAGCCACGUGCACGAGGUGCCAUCAUAUUCGGCUCCGAUCAGGAAGUGCGUGAGGUAAUGCGCGCUGUGCGGCGCAAUAAUGCGACUGGGGCAUUUUCAUGGAUCGGCUCGGAUGGUUGGAGUGCGCGCAACCUGGUAUCCGACGGCAAUGAACCGGAGGUGGAAGGCACUUUAUCCGUGCAGCCACAAGCAAAUCCCGUGAAAGGAUUCGAAGAAUAUUUUCUGAAUUUAACGGUGGAGAACAAUCAACGAAAUCCGUGGUUCGUAGAAUUCUGGGAAGACCACUUCCAGUGUCGCUAUCCGGGUAGUUCUAGCACGCCAUACAACAACUACAAUCGCACAUGCACAACCAACGAGCGCUUAUCGAAGGACACCGACUUUGAGGAUCAGUUGCAGUUUGUUAGCGACGCAGUAAUGGCAUUUGCAUAUGCGCUACGCGAUAUGCAUCGCGAUUUGUGCGGAGGUCGACCUUCGCUUUGUGAUGCCAUGAAACCAACCAAAGGCGCUGAUUUACUUAAAUACUUGCGAAAAGUGCAAUUUCAGGGUCUUAGCGGUGAUCACUUUCGCUUCGAUGUGAAUGGUGACGGCCCCGCUCGCUACAACAUCAUUCAUUUCAAGCAGUCAGAGGCGGGUCUUUACCACUGGGUAAAAGUGGGUGAAUACUACGAGGGCGAGUUGCGGUUGAAUAUGUCAGAAGUCCAAUUUAAGCUGUUGCAUCCAAAGCCACCUGAGUCCGUUUGCAGUUUGCCCUGCGAGCGUGGACAGGCCAAGAAGUAUGUGGAGGGUGAGAGUUGCUGUUGGCACUGCUUCAAUUGUUCCACCUAUCAAAUACGCCAUCCGCUCGAUGAGACUCAGUGCCUGACUUGCCAGUUGGGCACUCUGCCCGAUGCCACCAAACAAUUCUGCCAGACAAUACCGGAAGUAUACUUGCGGCACGAAUCCGCCUGGGCGAUUGGUGCAAUGGCAUUCAGUGCCACUGGUAUUUUAGUGACGCUUUUUGUUGUCGGUGUUUUUGUGCGCCACAAUGAUACGCCUAUCGUACGCGCCUCUGGUCGAGAGCUUAGCUACAUUCUACUCGCUGGUAUAUUGAUGUGCUAUGCCGUUACAUUCGCUUUGGUACUAAAGCCCACGAAUAUAGUUUGUGCAAUACAGCGCUUCAGCGUCGGCUUCUGCUUCACCGUUGUCUAUGCGGCGCUGCUCACCAAAACCAAUCGGAUUGCGCGUAUCUUCAAAGCCGGCAAGCAAUCAGCGAAGCGGCCAUCUUUUAUUAGUCCGAAAUCACAAUUGGUCAUUUGCUCGUUUCUAAUAUUCAUACAAAUUCUCAUUAAUGGCGUUUGGAUGGUGAUUUCACCGUCGCACGCCAUGUACCACCAUCCGACACGCGAGGAUAAUUUGCUCGUCUGUGAUUCUUACAUCGAUGCUUCCUACAUGAUUGCAUUCUUCUAUCCCAUCGUUCUGAUUGUAGUUUGCACGGUUUAUGCGGUGCUCACACGGAAAAUACCCGAAGCAUUUAACGAGUCCAAACAUAUUGGAUUCACUAUGUAUACCACUUGUGUCAUUUGGCUGGCCUUUGUGCCACUUUAUUUCGGCACAGGCAAUCAUGUGCCACUGAGAUUAACUUCAAUGUCAGUGACAAUUAGUUUGUCGGCGAGUGUCACCGUGGCGUGUCUGUUCUCACCGAAGCUCUACAUAAUACUCAUACGACCCGAACGUAACGUACGACAAAGCAUGAUGCCACCACGCUACGGCAACAUGCAUCGCACUGCCGGCACCGGCCCGUCUUCCAUGAUGGCUGCAGCUGUGGUGACAGCGGCCACUUGUGCGCAAGAGGAAAAGAUACAAAAGCAUAUCACACCAACGAAUACAGAGCACAGCACCAAAUCGAAACAACUUUGCGAGAUGGCCACACAGACCAUCACAAUAACGAAUAUACUCACAAAUUUAGAUAGUAUCGCUUACAGUCAGAUCCCCUAUGCGGAUCAAUGUGUGCCAAAUAACAAUCAUCAAGAACAACAACCACUAUCCCAUCCAUUAGACGAAACCACAAGCGAAGCAGAAGUGGUGGCUAAUAAUAAUAAAAUCAAUCAGCUGCAACAUGGCAACCCCAGUAUUCUAGCGCAUGCAACAUCAGCCACAACAACAGUAGCGACAUCGGGAACACCGCCUGCAGCACUGUCAGCGACAGUUAUCGCAGUAAAUAGCCCAGUAACGUCACCACCGCCAUUGCAUGCGCUCAGCAACCACGUAAUGUUGCAGCAACAUGUUGCGCAGCAAAAUUGCAGCAGUAACGUAAGCACAACUAGUGGCAGCAAUAUGCUGCCCUCCAACGAAAUCAGCAAAACGCAAUUUGCCACAACGAAUUUAUAGCUAAACGAGCAAAAUAUCACGGCUAUCAACGCAGACGCCGUCACCUCCGUCGCCACCAGCAGCGCAGCACAAAAAGCAAUAGGUGGCUGUGGUAGCUGCUGCGCUGCUGCUGCUGAGGCGCAAGCGAAAUGCGGCAGCUGCAGUGAAAGUCACAAGCACAAUAACAACAACGAUAGCAAUAAUGCUGCCACCCAACAUGCGAUCACUACCAGCAACAACAACAGUGACGGUGGUGGUGGUGGUAGUGGUGGUAACAAUUGCGCCGCAACCGGCACAAUGAACGCCACUACAGUCACCAGCAACAGGGGGAACUUCAGUGGCAAUGGUCAACCCACCAUCAAUGCCGUCAGCAGCAGCGUGAAUGCUUCCAGUAGCAAAAAGCGCUGUGCCAUCCCCGUAUGAGAGUGCGCGGAUGUGUCGAAGGCGCGUGGGAGUGUAUGUGAAAAAAAGAAAGUCAUUUUCAUGAGCAUUUCGCAAGGUACAUACACAAAUACAUAUAUGAAUACAAACGUACAUACGUACUAAAAAGUACACAUAAAGUAAGUAGAAGUAAAAAUUUUGAGUAAAACUUGUUUUGAAUGAAUUGAGAAUUGACUGCUUAUUUCUUAAGUUUGAAGCAUAGUUAGCGGCGUUGAGCCACAUACCAGCCUACGAGCCUAUUUGAGUGGUGGUAAAGGUUGUGUAUAAAAUCGUAUAUCUUUAAUUGUUAAUUAAUGAACUUGCAAAAAUUAUAUAAAUAAAUAGCAGAUGUAAAGAAAUUAAAAUGAAUUUAGUUAGUUAAGUGAGCCACUAGAGUAGCCAAGUUAGAAAAAAUUAUAAUUAAGUAAAAAAGUCACUUGGAAUAUUUAAUACUUAAACGCAUGUAAGUUAAGUGAGUUUUUAACAGCGUGGAAGAGUUAAGUAUUCUCUUUCAUGUGAGCGCUGAAAAACUACAGAAUGUGAAUUAAUUCUCCACUUUGGAAAUGGUAAUUAACUUCACAUUGGGUCCUAUGAAUCACAACUUAGCAAUUGCUUUUUCUUAAAAUUUCAGAACUUUUUGCUCGAUUUAUUCAAAUAAAUUUAAGUAAAAUAUCUGACAGUUUAAGAAAAAGCAGUCACUUCAUUUUUGUUCAUAAGGCCCGUUAUCCAGCUUUAUCUUAGUAUCACAAUUCUUUGUGCUGAGAAGAGUUGAAAACUCUAUACUUUCUGGUACAGUUGGUAAUUACUUCAAUGGAUCUGUGGUCUGCUGGCUGAGUAGCAAUAAUUUUUUUGAGGGAAUGUACACCUGUGUUAGGGAAAAUAUGUAUGUAUAUUCAUUUAACUGCUGCUUGCUGAUUUAUAAGUACUAAUUUUAUUAUAGAACAUUGUUGUCACCGCAAAUAAAUAAGUAGUAGCCUUUAUUCUGGCGCUAUUGUGGUUCAUUUACUUUAUCAAAAAUUCGUUGGGUCCGAACCAGUGUUGAUUUUGUAGGCACAUUUUUUGAAUUGCAAUCCUAUUUUCAUACAUUUUUUAGUUUAUAAACCUUUUUUAAAGCUACUUUAUUUUUUAUGAAUAAGGCCAUCUAUAUAUAAGGGCUAUCUCGAUCAGAGAUGUGUUCAGUAAGGUCUAUGUGUGAGUGUAAAGCAUUGAGGGCUGUCUGGCUGCUACAGAAGAUGCCCUCUCUAGGUUUCUAAGUGAGAUUACGUGCUGCCCUUUGGAUGGCAAACACUUCUUGAAAUACCCGUGACUCACUGAUGUGCAUAUGAUAACUGAACGGCCAGAGAUUUCAUUGAACCAUGAACUGGCUGGCUAAAGAGACUGAUGCUUUGUAUUUUGACGUUUUGGAAUCCACCCAUCCUGUGCUUUAUUAACUACGUUAAUUUUCUAGCCGAAAUCAACAUUGAUCUGAAAGUGUAAUUUUGCAUACAUUUUGCGAUAACCAAUAACUACUUUAGUAAGUUGUGUUGUGUAGCCACUCUCAACAUUUUUAUCGAUAAAUUUUUGUCAGACCACAGACCAUAUUUCUUUUAUUAAGCUAAAACAUCAAAAUGUAAGCAAAUAUUACGCUAAAAAUGUGAUAUUAUUUAGAUAUAAAAUUUGUAGAAAAAAUUUUUGUGUGAAAAUGGAGUGUAUUGUUAUAGUAUAAGUAUUUGCAUAUUUUUGUAAGUCUGUUGUAACAACAAACUAAUUGAGUAUUUGUGAAAAAAAAUCAAAAUGAUGAUAAGACGAUUUUGUUACAAAAGGGAUAGCAACUAGUAUUAAGGAUAAAUAAAUUUCAUAGAUGGUAGACGCCAAAAAUUAAGACUAGGGUAUCUAAAGAAAUAUUCAAAUAAAAUUAUCCCUUCUGCAACCUAAUCAAAAGCACCAAUAAAAAGCCUGUUUAAAUUUAAAUAAUAACGCAGUGGAUAGCAGUUAAAUUUAUUCUGUUGUUUGAGCCCAACAACGCAAUGAAUUUAAUUGGAAUUGUGUUUUAAUGAAAAGCAAGCGGCGGAAGCUUUACCGAUCUUAUAUAUGAUAUGAACCCAGUCGGAAAAGUAGUAAUGCAUUACAUGCGUGAUAAAAAGUGUAAUGUAUUUCUUAUGAGUUCUCGAUUCUAUUACUAUUAACUAUGUAAUCCGCGUUCUCAUUUAUCCAAAAAUUUGCAAAAAUUUCAUAUUAAAUCACAUUCAUUUCUCGAUACUAGAUAGUGGAAAAUUGAAUGUCCCACUUUUCUUAGGAUAACGCCGUGGGGGAAAAAUGCAUUGCGAUUACUAUACAUUACAUUUUCCCACUGGGAAUGUAAGCAAGUUCCGUGCGCGAAAGCAGUGAGCUUACAGCGAUGAAAGCUGAAAGCUGCUGCUGCGAACAAAGAGCUUUAAAGCUCUUAGUCUGUUUUUUUUUUUAACUCAUAACUUUCUUUUGCAGUUUACUUUUUAACGAAAUUUGCCUUUCUAACCACUUCGCUUUACAAAACUAAAACUAGUGCAGUAAUAUUAGUGUGUUCCACUAAAAAUUUAAAUUUAAGUUGUUAGGAAUUGUGGAAAAUGUAAAUAUGCAUGGCUUGUGAAAGCGAUAGUUUAGUAAUUAAAAAUAAAUAAAGAAUAACUACAAUUGAAAGCGUUGCAAUAUUCCUUAUAGUUUUAAAUAUAGUAUGUACUUGUAAAAUGUUAAGCUUACUAGUACCAUUUCAUUUAAAUAAAAUAGCAUUGACCCUACUUCCUUAUAAAAGCACAUUUGACCUUAUUUGGUAGCAUACUUUUCCGUUUGCGUUAAAUAAUUUAUUGUACCAACUUUGUACUAAAACAUGUAAAUAAGGGUAAAACAUAAAUUAUAAAUUUUUUUUUAUUUUA